UGCCACCAGUAUCGCGGACGUAGCUCGGCAAGGUGCCUCCUCGACGGCGCACACGACUGGUUCCAACUCGGCGAUAGACCCCCUUUCUCAGCACAUAUUCAGACGAAAGAGCACGGAACCGUCAAUACCGCAGCGCUUGACCCAGAUGGCCGAGGGACUGACGCGGGUCAGCUCCGAGGUCUCGAGAAAUAAUGCGGCGCCUGUGGGGGAGGUCGCUAGGGACAGGAGCAAGAAGGGAGGAGGCUCGUUCCUCAGCCGGCUGGGCAUGCGGCCCGGCAAGAAAAAGGAUCUCGUGGAUCUCGACUCCGACUCGGAACUCGGAGGCGAAACGCGCAUGGACGGUGUCAAUGCACGCGUUUUCAGUCAGACCCUGGGGAGCCCCUUGGUGGGUGGAGGCUACGUGCCCCAUCACAAGGAGCCCCCGCGAUAUAUACGGACGCGGUCGAGCAACAAGCGAACCCGAGAGUUCAAUCGUGUCUUUCUUGCCCAGGAGCUAGUUGGAACAAGACCGCCCGAGAACGACGAAGACGCGGCUGCGGAGGCCGGCAAGGCACCCAUGGUGUCUGUCAGCGUGGCCGGCACAGGCGAUAGGAGAGCAGUGAGGUCGGGAGGCGCUAUCUGGGCAAGCGAAUUCAGCAAAGACGGGCGAUUUCUCGCCACAGGAGGCCGCGACUAUGUGGUCAGGGUUUGGGCCGUGCUCUCGACGGCCGAAGAACGCCGCGCCCAUGAAGAGGACGAGGUGGUCGGUGGCGACGUUGGGGAAAGGCUCAGCGCGCCUGUGUUUAGGGAGCAGCCGGUAAUGGAGUUCAAGGGGCACACCGGGGAGGUGCUCGACCUCAGCUGGAGCAAGAACAACUUCCUGCUGUCGUCGUCGAUGGACAAGACUGUCAGGCUGUGGCACAUGAGCAGGUCAGAAUGCCUAUGCACAUUCAAGCACAAGGACUUUGUGACCCGCUUGGCCUUCCAUCCUCGCGACGACCGCUUCUUCUUGGCCGGCUCCCUCGACACUAUGCUCCUGCUGUGGAGCAUCCCCGACAAGGCGGUCGCAUUUUCGGCCCAGCUGCCAGAUCUCGUCACCGCCGUUGCGUUCUCACCGGACGGAAAGGUGGCCAUCGCAGGGCUGCUGAACGGGUAUUGCAUGUUCUACGAGACGGAAGGGCUGAAACUGAGCUCGCAGAUUCACGUGCGGUCGUCCCGGGGAAAGAACGCGAAGGGGAGCAAGAUCACGGGCAUCCAGACCAUGACCAUCCCGCCGCCGAAUCCGUUAGACACGGGAACCUCUCAAGCCCCAGAUUCGGUUGCUUCGGCGUCGGCGGCGGCCCCAGCGGACGGAACAGGCGUUAGGGAGGAGGUCCGGGUGCUCAUCACGUCAAACGACAGCCGCGUACGGGUAUAUAACUUGCACGACAAAAGUCUUUUACUCAAGCUCAAAGGUCACGAGAAUGCAUGCAGCCAGAUUGCCGCCACCUUCUCCGACGACGGAAAGCACAUCAUCUGCGGAAGCGAGGACCGAAAGACAUUUAUCUGGAGCAUGACAGGCGGCAGUGCGCUUGUCCAGGAUAAGGACAAAUCUCCCUGCGAGUACUUUGAGGCGCACGGGGACAUCGUCACGACGGCGCUGUUUGCGCCAACCAAGACGCGCAUGCUGCUCGGCCAGAGUGGCGACCCGAUUUACGACCUCUGCAACCCACCACCCGUGGUUCUCCAGAGUUUGGAGGAGGCGGCCAGCGCGGCGGCUAGCCAGGUCGCUCUCACCAACGACUCGCAACAAAGCAGGCCGCACGAGCCGGUUGGCAAACGACCCGAACCCAGCCCGGCAUACAUUGCGAGAUCGACGCACUACGACGGCCACAUCAUCGUCACGACCGGCGAUACUGGCAUCAUCAAGGUGUUCCGACAGGACUGCGCGUACGCGAAGCGCCGACACGAGAGCUGGGAGACGGGCAGCACCUUCAGCCGCAAGCUCGGCGCCGGCGGCAGGCUGGGCCGCAGCGGCAGUGUCUUGACGCGGACCAGCGCCGGGAGCACCGCACAUAGCCGGCGCGGCUCGCUCAGCCAGCCGGUCCCGCCCAGCGUGCUCGGCUCUCCCCAAUUCCACGCCGUUGGCGCGCACCCGGACCGCAUCUUGAGCUGGCGGCAAGGGAUCGAGCACGGCGGCGACAGGCGCUCUGCCCUGCUGGCGGACGGCAGCAGCACGCCGGCCCGGAGCGAGCGGUCGCUCAGCCCGGCAAAGGCCAGCAGGACGUCGCUGAACUCCGCGUACAACUUGGCGAGCGAGGGGAGAAAGCAACCCUACGGGGGCGCGUCGCCGGCUCGUAAUCGGGCGAGCAGCGCCGUGACCAGCCCCACGGCAAGCGUGUUUAGCAGUCCGCCGGAGAGACACCCAUCGCGGUCGCUCACAGAAAGCGUGCUGACCAAGCAGCGGCGGACCUCGAAGCCGCAGGAGGAACCGUCGGCCCCGCCUACGCCCGGGUUCACGCUUUACUCUGCCUCGGCCGAGGAGGCCGACCAGUCGCCGCAGUCGGAGUCGGCGGCAGGGGCGGGGAGCACGUCCUUCUGGAAUCUGGGUCGGUGGCGGGCGAUCACCGCAUUUAAGGCGGGAUCUUCUAGUCAGGGGGCUGCAGGCACGAGGACGAAGAGCAUUGGCAGUCGGCCGUCGCUCUCGAUAUCGCGGCAGCACGCGGAUAGUUCGUGCGAUGAGAGGGAGGGGAGCGGGGGCCAGGCGGAGGGAGGAGGAGGGAUUGCGGCAUCUCGGCGACAGAGUGCCGGCGGCGAUGGUAAGUCUCGCGGGAGAAAGUCGCUGCCGGGCGGGUCGUCGGUACAAGAAGGUAGCGAUUCGGAUGCUCCUUCGGUGCCGGUCAAUGGCGGCGAGACAGAGAAUCGCGGCUCGCGAGACUAAGUUCCCGCCGAAGGGCAUGGUUCGCCAUUUCGGGGAGA